AGGGGAAGGCGAAGAAGAAGGCACGAUGGAAAUGAGAAACGAGAAGACUGAUAAUAUGCCAAUGAAGCGCGUGAUUUUGAUGACCCACGGCAGGUAUAAUCCGCCCACUCAUAUGCACCUGAGGAUGUUUGAACGAGCAAGGGAUCAUUUACAUUCUUUGAGGAGUCAUACCGUCGUCGGUGGCAUUAUAUCGCCGAUAAACAAUUGUUCCAAGAAGGAUCUAACUAACCAAACUGUAAGAUGUGAUAUGUUAAAUUUGGCUCUCCAAACUAGCGAUUGGAUUCGCCUUAGCACUUGGGAACUUAAGAAAACUACUCUAAUAAGUACACGAGAAAGUUUACAACAUCACCAAAACCUAUUAAAUAGAUUUAUAAGCAAUAGUGUGGAAAAUAAUGUAAAUAACGAAGAUGUUGAUUGGAUACCUAAUAAUAUAAGAGAUAAUUUGGAUAGAUCGUUGGUGCAAAUAAAAUUACUCUGUGGUAUCGAUACAUUGGAAAGUCUGUCGAACUCAGAUCUUUGGUCAGCAGAAGAUAUAACAGACAUAGCUUGUAACUAUGGUCUAGUGGUUGUUGGAAACGAAGGGGGAAAUCCUUACAAAUACAUAUAUGAUUCAGAUAUUCUUUCAAAAUACUUGUAUAAUUUACAUGUAGUUACCGAAUGGAUUCCAAAUGAAGUAAAUUCAACAAGAAUUAGAAGAGCUUUAAGACGCAACGAAAGUGUAAAGUAUCUUGUUCAAGAUCCUAUUAUAAAAUUAAUUUAUCAACGUGGAAUUUAUGGUACAAAAAGGAUGUCAAUCAGCUGCGAGGCCGCCGCCGAUGACGACGACGACGACGACGACGACGACGACGACUACGACGACGACAGCAACGACUCCGAGCCGAGACAGUGCGCGAGGAUGGAGCCAAAGAUCACGGAGAGGUGCGCGACCCGAGUCAUCCUGAUGUCGUGCGGCAGCUACAAUCCGCCCACUCAUAUGCACUUAAGGAUGUUCGAGAGAGCGCGCGAUCACCUUCACAAUCUUGGCACACACAUGGUGAUUGGUGGUGUUAUAUCUCCGGUUAACGACGCUUACGCAAAAAAGGAACUAGCAAACGGCGUCCACAGAUGCAAGAUGCUGAAACUCGCAUUGACAGAUAGUGACUGGAUAAGACUGAGCACCUGGGAGAUACGUCAAAACACCUGGACAAGAACGAGGAAGAGCCUCCAACAUCAUCAGAACCUCAUCGACUCCGUGGUGUACGGGAACGGUGAUGCUAAUAGGAACUCCAUUGAUAAUGAAGACCUCGAGUGGAUACCGGAGAACGUAAGGAAUAAUGAGAUCGCCGAUCAGAUGCCCAUUCGAAUAAAACUUCUCUGUGGUGGUGAUUUACUGGAGAGUUUUGCGACUCCUGGAUUAUGGGCCGAGGAGGAUAUAGCGGAGAUUGUGGGUCAGUAUGGUUUAGUAGUCAUCACGAGAGAGGGUUCGAAUCCAUACAAAUUUAUAUAUGACUCGGAUAUUCUCUCGAAGCAUUUGCAUAAUAUACAGAUAGUGACGGAAUGGAUUCCAAAUGAAGUGAGUUCCACGCGAAUAAGAAGAGCUCUCAAGCGUGGCGAAAGUGUAAAAUAUCUUCUUCAAGAUGCCGUCAUUGACUACGUCUAUACGAAUGGAAUUUACGAAGCCCACAGACCGUCGAUAAUUAAGUUGGAACUAUCUUCUAUUAAUUCCUCGAUUGAUUACCUUGACGCCGAUGAGGCUAAAUACCAACACAAUAGUGCUUUCUUAACGUCGUCGCCUAGCGACAUAAAUAUGCAGGAAACAACGUCCUGCAAUGUCUAUACCAUAACGACGAUGAAUGAUAUUUCCGAUUGUGUGCUUAAAAAAAAUCUGCAAAACAAUUAUAGCCCAACUUAUUCCGAUGAUCAAUCUUCGCAAAAUAGUAUUGUAAAUAUGUAUACCGAUCGUGAAAAGCUUCUCUGGAGUAUGGUAUUUGAUUCCAUAAAUAUCGGGGGUGAGUCAUCCUCGUCGUUGUUGCAACAUCAUAAUCGCGUAUUUAAUAGUAUAGAUAGUCCGAUAGAGUUGCCAAGUAGCGCAAGAGCGCGAAACGAAUUGUUAGCUUUUGAAGAUACCGCGGAGAGGGAAUUAGCAACAUUGUAUGACAAUACGUUUAGUGAAGAGAAGGAAGAUGCGUUGUUGUCAGUAGCGUACGAAGGUCGCUUCGACGAUUUAAAUGAAUCUUUCGUUAAAGAUAAUACAACUUUUAUGGAGAAUUUUGAUAAAUUCAAUACUGAGAAUGUAAAUGCGACAAAGGAUGAAACUGAUAGAGAAUCUAUUGGCUGCGAUAAUAGCGAAGAGUCGGAUUUCAAAACAACUAGGUUUGAAACUAAUUUUGAAAUUGAUGGCAAAUAUCUAAAAUCCUUGGUUAAUUCAAAAAAAAGUACAAAAAAAAUGGAAGACAAUGAAAGUAUAAAAUUAAUUAAGGAGGAUUCGAAAUUAACGGUGCUUAAAAGUAAAGCGGAAGAAGAACGAGAAUCGAUUGAAAUGAACGUUGAAGACGAACCGCAUGAAGAAAUUAAGUUAUUCGACGAUAUAACUUACGUCAAAAGACUGAGACUCAUAAUUAAUAAUAAGCCAAUUGAAAUUAGCAAAAAUCAACGACAGCAGAUACAGGGAAGUCUCGACUCGAUCAAUUUAAACGAGGCAUCCGUAAUGAAUGCUGCCGAUUCUAUGACAAAGAAAUCCAAGAGCUUGGAGUCAAUAAAGCGUAACGCACACUUGUUAUAUAAAACUAAUGAAACGUCUUACUGUGAUUCAGUUUUGAAAAUCAAAGCCGAUAAUACCGCCCCGUUGGCUGAGGCUUCUUCUACAUUGGACCACCAAGCCGACGAAUACUGUUCGUCGUGUUGUUUCGUAAAAACCGAUGAGCACCAUUGUCCAACAAACUGCAGUUCGCCAGAGGACGAAGAUUCAACGGAAUGUGAUAUUUGUAGCUCGUAUAACUUGCAAGACGCGAAUGAUGCUUUAAUACGUGAGGAUGACGGAGUAGCGCAGAAUUUAAGUGAAUCGAUGGAAAUAUGUGAAAUUUGUGGGGAACCGGCAACAAUAGCAGACGAACCUUCGACAACUAACGCAAAUCCAGUUAAUACUAUAAAUAGUAGAUCAAUGACACUGAGUUUACCCAAAGCCAAAUCCACCAUAGAGAUAAGCAGAGGUUCCUAUAAAAUGUCCACUAUGGAGGACGAUCACUUUGAAAUUGACAACUGUGGUCUCCAAGAUUGUAAAUUGCGCGCUUCUUUGGAUAUGUGUAACAAGCCCGAACCACUUUAUGUCAAUGUCACACCAAAGUAUCAUCGAUUCGCUUCUGAAAUCGAUAAUAGACAACAGCCUCCCAAAAUCAAGUCAGAUCGUCACCUUAUUUCGGACUCUAAUUAUUAUAGUUGCAAUUGCAAAUCUAAUCAGGGGCUGAAGUACACCGAAUGUAAGGAUGAAGCUGCAGUGUCAAAAAUUUUACUUCCAAAUGGAAAUAAACGUUUAUAUAGAAAAGGCUCUUGCCCCAAAAAAUAUGUGAUUGAAAAAACACAGGAUAAACGAAGAUACUCGUCAGUCGAAAACCUGCAAAAUAAAAUGUUUUUUAAAUCGGAUGCUGAAAUAUUAUCAAAAUCAAUGGAUAACAAACUUAUGGCAUCGGCUGAUAGUAUAAGAUCAUCGAGACUAACCAGAUGCAAAUCAUUAAGAAGAUCGGCUGACAAUGUCGGAAGAUUUGAUUCGUUGGGCGAUAAUUUGGAUUCGUUGGAAGAGAACGCUGAUACGGACGAUAAUGGAGUAAUGACUGAUAAUAAUAGUAGAUGUGCCAGUGUUAAUAUAAGAGAUAGCGAUACGAUCAAGAUGAUUCUGACCAAGCACGGUAUUAAAAUAAUCAGUCAAAAGGAAACUGUUUUAUAGGAUGAGGAUGUGGGCAAUAAUAGUCGCGAAAUUAUUUUAUAGAUUUGA